AUGGUCCAGCUGGGGAAGCUGCUCCGCGUCCUGACUUUGAUGAAGUUCCCCUGCUGCGUGCUGGAGGUGCUCCUGUGCGUGCUGGCGGCGGCGGCGCGCGGCCAGGAGAUGUACGCCCCGCACUCGAUCCGGAUCGAGGGGGACGUCACCCUUGGGGGGCUGUUCCCAGUGCACGCCAAGGGUCCCAGCGGAGUGCCCUGCGGUGACAUCAAGAGGGAGAACGGGAUCCACAGGCUGGAAGCUAUGCUUUAUGCCCUAGACCAAAUCAACAGCGAUCCCAACCUGCUGCCCAACGUAACGUUAGGCGCGCGGAUCCUGGACACUUGUUCCAGGGACACUUAUGCGCUCGAACAGUCGCUCACUUUCGUCCAGGCGCUCAUCCAGAAGGACACCUCCGACGUGCGCUGCACCAACGGCGAGCCCCCGGUUUUCGUCAAGCCAGAGAAAGUAGUUGGAGUGAUUGGGGCUUCGGGGAGCUCAGUCUCCAUCAUGGUAGCCAACAUCUUGAGGCUUUUCCAGAUACCUCAGAUUAGUUAUGCAUCCACGGCUCCCGAGCUCAGUGAUGAUCGGCGCUAUGACUUCUUCUCUCGAGUGGUCCCUCCUGACUCCUUUCAAGCUCAGGCCAUGGUAGACAUUGUAAAGGCCUUGGGUUGGAAUUAUGUGUCUACUCUUGCAUCUGAAGGAAGCUAUGGAGAGAAAGGUGUGGAGUCCUUCACACAGAUUUCCAAAGAGGCAGGUGGGCUCUGCAUUGCCCAGUCCGUGAGAAUUCCCCAAGAGCGCAAAGACAGGACCAUUGACUUUGAUAGAAUUAUCAAACAGCUCUUGGACACCCCCAACUCCAGGGCCGUCGUGAUUUUUGCCAACGAUGAGGAUAUAAAGCAGAUCCUAGCAGCAGCCAAAAGAGCUGACCAAGUGGGCCAUUUUCUCUGGGUGGGGUCAGACAGCUGGGGAUCCAAAGUCAACCCACUACAUCAGCAUGAAGAUAUUGCAGAAGGAGCCAUCACCAUCCAGCCUAAGAGAGCAACUGUGGAAGGGUUUGAUGCUUACUUCACAUCCCGCACACUUGAGAACAACAGGAGAAAUGUAUGGUUUGCUGAAUACUGGGAAGAAAACUUCAACUGCAAGUUGACAAUUAGUGGGUCCAAAAAGGAAGACACAGAUCGCAAAUGCACAGGACAGGAGCGAAUUGGAAAAGACUCCAAUUAUGAGCAGGAAGGUAAAGUUCAGUUUGUGAUUGAUGCUGUCUACGCCAUGGCACAUGCCCUUCAUCACAUGAAUAAGGAUCUGUGUGCUGAUUACCGGGGAGUAUGCCCAGAGAUGGAGCAAGCAGGGGGAAAGAAGUUGUUGAAGUAUAUCCGCAAUGUUAAUUUCAAUGGUAGCGCUGGCACCCCAGUGAUGUUUAACAAAAAUGGGGAUGCUCCUGGGCGUUAUGAUAUCUUCCAAUACCAAACAACAAAUACCUCCAACCCUGGUUAUCGUCUCAUUGGGCAAUGGACAGAUGAACUUCAACUCAAUAUAGAGGACAUGCAAUGGGGCAAAGGAGUCCGGGAGAUACCAUCCUCUGUGUGCACGUUGCCCUGCAAGCCUGGGCAGAGGAAGAAAACACAGAAGGGAACUCCUUGCUGCUGGACCUGUGAGCCCUGUGAUGGAUACCAGUAUCAGUUUGACGAGAUGACAUGUCAACACUGUCCAUAUGACCAGAGGCCCAAUGAGAACCGAACUGGCUGUCAGAACAUCCCCAUCAUCAAACUGGAGUGGCACUCUCCCUGGGCUGUCAUUCCUGUCUUCCUGGCAAUGUUGGGGAUCAUUGCCACCAUCUUUGUCAUGGCCACUUUUAUCCGCUACAAUGACACACCUAUUGUCAGGGCUUCUGGGCGAGAACUCAGCUACGUUUUAUUGACUGGCAUCUUUCUCUGCUACAUCAUAACCUUCUUAAUGAUAGCCAAACCAGAUGUGGCAGUAUGUUCUUUCCGGCGUGUCUUCUUGGGCUUGGGCAUGUGCAUUAGUUAUGCAGCCCUUUUAACAAAAACCAACCGGAUUUAUCGCAUAUUUGAGCAGGGCAAGAAAUCAGUGACAGCUCCCAGACUCAUAAGCCCAACAUCACAACUGGCAAUCACUUCCAGCUUAAUAUCAGUGCAGCUUCUAGGUGUCUUCAUUUGGUUUGGGGUUGACCCACCCAACAUCAUCAUAGACUACGAUGAGCAUAAGACAAUGAACCCAGAGCAAGCCAGGGGAGUCCUCAAAUGUGAUAUCACAGACCUACAAAUCAUUUGUUCUUUGGGAUAUAGCAUUCUUCUCAUGGUCACAUGUACUGUGUAUGCCAUCAAGACUCGGGGUGUACCAGAGAAUUUUAAUGAAGCCAAGCCCAUUGGAUUCACUAUGUACACAACGUGUAUCGUAUGGCUUGCCUUCAUCCCGAUAUUUUUUGGCACUGCACAGUCGGCAGAAAAGCUCUACAUACAAACUACCACUCUUACAAUCUCCAUGAACCUAAGUGCGUCAGUGGCGCUGGGAAUGCUAUACAUGCCGAAAGUGUACAUCAUCAUUUUCCACCCUGAACUCAAUGUCCAGAAAAGAAAGAGAAGCUUCAAGGCCGUAGUCACAGCAGCCACCAUGUCAUCAAGGCUGUCACACAAACCCAGUGACAGGCCCAACGGUGAGGCAAAGACAGAACUCUGUGAAAACGUAGACCCAAACAACUGUAUACCACCAGUAAGAAAGAGUGUACAAAAGUCCGUAACUUGGUACACUAUCCCACCAACAGUAUAG